UAUUAUUUUAAAAAACUCAGACAUAAAAAUUCAUUACUACUGAUAAAUAUAAUCUGCAUUCUUUCUCUUCCUUUUCUUAAACUUGGAAUUUUGGUAUUGAAAUUGAAAUAGGUAGCCUUGAAUUCUGCAGGGACUACACAAAAUUCCUUUUGAGCAACAGCACUCUCUAUGUGAUAUAUAUUUUCUAGAGAUGAUUUACAGGUUACAGACAUGCUGUGACCUUUCUCUCCCAAUUGCAAACAUAUUAAGCAGAGCUGAUUAACAGAGAUGAAAAACACUGGGUUAUUUUCUCUUAUGGGGGUAUUUGACAAAGCCCUCUUCUCUGAGCCCUCCCACUUCAUUCGCUUGCAAAUCACUGUGCCUAUAGAGUCUUUACUCCCCCAACCCAAACCUGGAGCCCUGCAGCGCCAUCAGCGGCAAUAUCUUCCUAUGUGAGGAACGACUCUUAUUAAUCAGAAACGCUGAAUGGAAACCAAUCAGACAGAGAGUUCCUUUGGCUUUAGCUUCCUGCCUGUCUGAGUUAAAAGUGAUGCUCGCUGGAAGAGGGAGGCACACUGAGAUUCAUGAAGAUUCAGCUGUGAAGAUACUAUAAAAAGAGAAGGAAUGAGACAGAAGCAACAUCGGAAUUGUCAGCGCUGAUCAGGGCUAAACUCAAUUCCAUUCCUAAACAAGGGAAACAGACAGUACAUAGAAUUUGAUUUCCUGCUGAAGCUGCAGAUAAUGAGGACUUAUCAUUGCCUACCACUAUUCAUCUGGACCUAUAUGUUUCAUGCAAUUGAUGCUAUCCCAUUUCAAGAAAAAACUAACAGUAAUUUACCAAAUGAAAGGAUAGUGAGUCUGACACAAGAUGAGGGUAAAAUCCUACACCGUACCAAGCGUGGCUGGAUGUGGAAUCAGUUCUUCUUGUUGGAAGAGUAUACAGGUACAGACACACAAUAUGUAGGCAAGCUUCACACUGACCAAGAUAAAGGAGAUGGAAAUUUAAAAUACAUAUUAACUGGAGAUGGGGCUGGCAGUCUGUUCGUGAUAGAUGAAAAUACAGGAGAUAUUCAUGCAGCAAAGAAAUUAGACAGAGAAGAAAAGUCCCUGUAUGUUCUGCGUGCCAAGGCUAUAGACAGAAAGACCGGGCGGCAGGUGGAGCCUGAAUCCGAAUUUAUCAUUAAAAUCCAUGAUAUCAAUGACAAUGAACCAAAAUUCACAAAAGACUUAUACACUGCCAGUGUUCCGGAAAUGUCUGGAGUUGGUACGUCUGUUAUACAAGUGACUGCAACAGAUGCAGAUGAUGCCAACUAUGGAAACAGUGCCAAAGUGGUCUACAGCAUAUUGCAAGGACAGCCAUAUUUUUCAGUGGACCCAGAAUCAGGCAUAAUAAAAACUGCAUUACCAGACAUGAGCAGAGAAAAUAGAGAGCAGUACCAAGUGGUUAUACAAGCCAAAGACAUGGGCGGCCAGAUGGGAGGCCUUUCUGGAACCACCACAGUGAACAUCACUCUGACAGACGUCAACAACAAUCCUCCACGAUUUCCCCAGAGUAUGUAUCAAUUUCAUUCUCCUGAGUCUGUACCUCUUGGAACUCAUCUUGGAAGGAUAAAAGCCAAUGACCCUGAUUUGGGGGAGAAUGCUGAGAUGGAAUACAGCAUUGCUGAAGGAGAAGGAGCAGACAUGUUUGAUGUCAUCACUGACAAGGAUACCCAGGAAGGGAUUAUAACUGUCAAACAGAAUUUAGACUUUGAAAGCAAAAUGUUGUACACUUUAAAAGUGGAUGCAAGUAACACUCACCCUGAUCCACGAUUCCUACACCUGGGACCGUUCAAAGACACAGCUGUGGUCAAAAUAUCUGUAGAAGAUAUAGAUGAGCCUCCUGUGUUCAGUAAAAUUUUUUACCUGAUCGAAGUAGAUGAAGAUGUAAAGGAGGGCAGCAUCAUUGGACAGGUCACAGCGUAUGACCCAGAUGCCAUGAACAAUUUAAUAAAAUACUCUGUUGAUCGGCAUACUGAUAUGGACUGGAUUUUCAGUAUUCACUCAGAAAAUGGCUCUAUUUUCACUUUGAAGCCUCUAGAUCGUGAAUCAACUCCUUGGCACAACAUCACCAUUACAGCCACAGAAAUAAAUAACUCAAAACAAAGUAGUCACAUUCCUGUCUUCAUCAGAAUUCUAGACAUAAAUGACCAUGCUCCAGAAUUUGCCAUGUACUAUGAAACAUUUGUUUGUGAAAAUGCAAAACCUGGGCAGUUGAUUCAGACUGUCAGUGUAAUGGACAAAGAUGAUCCUCCCCGAGGCCACAAAUUCUUCUUUGAACCAGUGCCUGAUUUUCCCCUCAAUCCAAACUUCACCAUUGUUGAUAAUAAAGAUAAUACAGCAGGAAUCAUGACUCGAAAAAAUGGGUAUAGCCGCAACAAAAUGAGCACAUAUCUAUUGCCGAUUUUAAUCUUUGACAAUGACUAUCCAAUUCAAAGCAGCACUGGCACACUCACCAUUCGCGUGUGUGCCUGUGAUAAUCAAGGGAACAUGCAGUCCUGCAAUGCUGAAGCUCUGGUCCUCUCUGCUGGCCUGAGCACGGGAGCUCUCAUCGCCAUUCUUCUCUGUGUCAUCAUUCUACUCGUUUUAGUUGUGCUAUUUGCUGCAUUAAAAAGGCAAAGAAAAAAGGAACCUCUGAUAAUUUCAAAAGAUGAUGUCCGGGACAACAUUGUGACCUACAAUGACGAAGGCGGCGGGGAAGAAGAUACCCAAGCUUUUGACAUCGGCACAUUAAGGAAUCCAGAAGCAAGAGAAGACAGUAAACUCAGAAGGGAUGUAAUGCCUGAAACAAUUUUUCAGAUAAGGAGAACUGUACCUCUGUGGGAAAAUAUUGAUGUACAGGAUUUUAUCCAUCGGAGAUUAAAAGAAAAUGACUCAGACCCAACUGCACCUCCGUAUGAUUCACUGGCAACAUAUGCCUAUGAAGGGAAUGAUUCCAUAGCAGAUUCACUCAGUUCUUUGGAAUCUCUCACAGCAGAUUGUAACCAAGAUUACGAUUACCUCAGCGACUGGGGGCCUCGAUUUAAAAAACUUGCUGAUAUGUACGGGGGUGAUGAUAGUGACCGAGAUUAAGAGUAUGGUAUGACUUCACAGAUGUCAAUGGAAGUACUCUCUUUGUUACUAGAUGGAGUGGCCUGCUUUCUCUUCCUUGGAGGAAAUUUUUAAAAAAAUCAAAAUUACAAACAAUACGUAGGUGUUGUCUUAGUAAGAGUUUGCUUAAUCAGUAAGUUUCUGUGAAUGAAUAUGAAUGACAUAGAUUUUAAUAAGUAUUAAUAACCAGUUCACCCUCUUUGCCUCACAAACUCUGAAGGAAAGUAUAUCACAUCUAUAAUCAAUAAAAACAUACAAAAGGCUUUUUGUGCCUUUUCUUAGCUAUAAGAACUUUAUAAAUAAUGUUUUAUUAACUGACUUACAGUUACCUUUAAUAUUAAAUGAAACAUUGUGCAACUGCUUUGUAAAUUAAUAUGAAAAAAAAUCCCUAAAGAAAUAGGAAUGAUUAUUACUGCCAUAUUUAUUUAGUUGAAUAAUGUCUUUGUGUUAAUUCAUUCAUAUUUUUAUAAAUGUAUAUUUAUAUUUUUAUAUUUUUAUGAAAUAAAAUAGUAUUUAUAAAAAUAAAUUUCACUUUAUUUAAUUAUUAGAAGCAGUUUUGAUUUCACUUUAUAAAUUUUUUAAGCAUCUUUAAAGAUAAAACAUGACUUUCUCAAUUAUUGUGUGAUUUGGAACUAGAAUGUGGUGGGAAUAUAAAGGAGCUUUAGUAUAAAUUGCGAUUUUUUUUCUGCUUCAACCAUUCCAAGAUGGACAUGUGUAUAUAGAACCACUGAUAUCUAUCUAUCAAUAAGGAUGUGAGACACAUUUGAAUAUAAACUAUUAUAAAUAUACUUGUGAAUAAUUAAUUUUAAUUUUUUCUACAACUAUUUUCUAGAGGAUCGACCACCAGGGAAUUUUAUUUAAGGGAAAGUAUGUGUCAGUAAUAUUAUGCAAAAGAAGAAAAAAAUCUAAAUCACCCUUCCUUCUUCAAUAGUAUAGUUUUCAAAAUGAGAAAUGAGGGUUCCAAUUUUUUCUUUAUGGUUAGAUAAUGUGCACAGGAUAUAAUUCGGGUAAUAUUUAAAAAUGUAUCAACAAGUUAGUGGAGCUAUUUUUUAAUGACAAUUUUGUUUAGGAAGUUGGAAGUCAUUGUAUUUGAGGAAAUCUUGAAAGAAAUAGUGACAUGUAGACUGGAGUUAAGAAGUCUUCAGGAAUGUAAAUUUAUUAAUAAUUGGUAUUGCCCAGAAAACAGAAUAUAGAAAAGAGAGAAUUUUGCAUAAUAAUCACCUGCAGAUCUUUUAAAGACUGCAAUGCAGAAAGCUUACCCUGGUUUGGCCCGGAGAAAAAAUACUGAACCAAAAUUCGGAAAUUUAACAGUGAGACUACAUGAUAUCCAUUUUAUGUGUCAUGGUUAUCUUUUUCUUUCUCUUAUAUUAUUCCUCCUUUGAGGAGCAAUGUCAUGCCCAGAGUGAGUCCUAAGUGGAAUUUAUAUAGAAAUUUAGCUUUCGCUACUCUGUUACCAAGCUUUUUUAAAUGGCAAAUACUUAACAAAUUAUAAACAGACACUUAGGUAUGUUUUUAUGUUACUAUGUUGUAAAAUUUUUAAAGACCAAGACUAUUUUAAUAACUUUACCACCAAUAGCUAACACAUAUUAAAGACUUAAUGUAAUGCUAAGAAAGCAAAAACACACUGGGUACUUAAACAUUUGAAAAUUUUAUCAUUGGAAUUGCCUAGAAAACAGAAAAUUUUUAGUUUCAGUUUUAGUUAAGAAACUAUUAGUUUUUAACCUUAAAAAGUAGUUUCCCCACUGCUAGAGAUCUCCCAGCAUAACUCAGACAAAUAUUUAAAGAAGAUGAUACAGAGUGGCUUAAGGAAGUCAGAAGAAAAGAGUUCUAUAUCUAUUAAUGCCUUUUAUAACCACUAUUGUAUAAUCACCAGAGGGAUAAGUGACAAUAAAUAAACACAUUCUAAGGAGGCCCAUAAUGACUAUAUAAGUAACGACUGCUUAAAAAAAGAAGAAAUUGUAUCAAAUCAGAACUGAGGGAAUUGGUGGCUACAUUGCCUGCCUGGGUUUACCAUGCUGUAAAUAGGAAGAGCACCAUAACAAAACAAGCUCCAGUUAUACACCUAUAAAUGCUAUGAGAAAAUUGUAUUGAUACCAGAUAAGACAUAUUAACUUUUUAAGUGCAAUUAUGAAGAAUUGUUAAUAUGACUACAAUUUUCAGGCUAUUAGUUAAUGUUCAGAGUUCUCCCUUUCCUUGAUCUGGAAAUCACUGAUAUACUACUAAAGUUUUUGUAAGGACAGAACUAAGUAUUUCAUACUUAAUAGGUACAUGAUUAUUUUUGCUAUAAACUGAAGGUUCAGACUUGAUUAAAGAAAUUACCAGAUCUGUGUAAUACUAAUAUUUCCUAUAAUUUUCCAGUAAUCUUUGAAACUCCUACAGUGGAAAAAAUGCACUUAGGAGUCAUAUCAGAUUUUAUUAUUUCAUUACUGACAAGUAAAAAAGUUAUCCAACUUCUACAGAAAAACAAACUUGAUAAUAUUAACCCUAUUGGGUUUGGUUAAUUUUAUUUCAUUGGAUGCACACAAUACAUUUAAAAAUAUUAGUUUUCAUCACUUGAUUCUUUUGGAGUUGGUAAGACUUUAGGAAAAUGAAUUCUUAGUGUAUACCUAACUUUUUCAAACAAAAUAAUUAGCUCUGAGUGCUUAAACCUGAAAUAGAAUUAAAUUAAAACCAUUUUAGUUACCGUAUUUCUAAAUAUAAAUAAAACAAUCACUGGUUUAUUUUGAAUGUUCAGUGAUUUUCAGAAAAAUGUAAUAUAUGUCUAUAUUUAUUAUUUGAAUAUUUUUCAUUAAGACGAACCUACCUACAUUAUCAUAACUUUAACACACAGAAUGGAUAUUAUUACAUUCAAUUCUACUCUCAGACACGUGAAAUAUAUCCCAAUGACGUAAAAAUCAAACUUAGUAAAAAGUGUUAACAACAAAACAAGCCAACAACUGAAAAAAGAAAAGUAACAUCUUACCUUAGCCAGUGGUGAAAAUGAUCACAGUUGAUAAUUUGUUUUAUCCUGGCAAAAGCAGCACAAUUGGCUUCCAGGUUUCUUCAUUAUUUUGGUUUUGGUUUUUCUUUAACUUUACUCAGCCUCUUUCACUGGUUCCUUCUUAUCCUUCUGACUCUGUAUUUUGGAAUCCAGGCUCUAACCUAUAUCUUUUUUUUUUUUUAAUCUCUAUUUAAAUCUUGGCCCUUGAUGAUCUUAUCUAUUCUCUAAGUUAUUAUAUUUAUCUUUAUCUUAAUAUAGCUAUAUCAAUAAUUAGAUAUAAAUUGAAAAUUUUCAAAUUUAGAAACUCUUAUCUUUACUUCUUUCUUAUAAUCCAAACAUAUAUAUAUGUAACUAACUAUUCUAAAUACCCACGUAACGUGUCUAAUUAAAUGGGAUAUGUACAGAUGUUAACUUCUAAUUUUUACCCCUAAAUCUGUUCUACUCUCCACCUGUCUUAUGUAAGUUGAUGACAAAUUAAUAUCUGUAAUUGCCCAAGCCAAAACCUCGCGGUCAUCCUUCAAGCACCUUAUUCACAUCCAACAUUGUAGGAAAGUCUUGUCACUAUAUCAUCAAAUUAAUCUGAUAUACAAUGACUUUUCAUCACAUCUCCUGCUACAAUCCUGGGUCUAAAAGUCUCACCUGGAUUAUUGCAGUAUGCUUCUAAAUCUUACUAACAUUUGCCCUUCCAUCUACUUCAAACAUCAAACACAGGGUGGGCUGCCUUCCUUUUUCUCUUUUUGUUUUGCUUAUUCUGUUUUAACUAGGUAGGUUUGAGCAUCUCAUUUCUCAAUUCAAAACUUACUAAUUGUUCUUCAAAGUGAGAAUUGGUCCUCCAAAUGAUCUUCUAUAUCAGGAUCAUAUUAUCUCUUUGAUCUAUUUCUUUAAAUCAUGUCACUAGUUAUUCUGGGCUUCUUGUUCUUUCUCACAAAUGCUAAGCAUUUUCCCUUUGAUCACUCUUCUUAGAACAAUCUUUCCUCAGAUAUCCAUGAGGUUAACUGUAUAACUUUCAAUUCCUGGGUCAGAUGCCACUUUCUAGAUGAGGACUAUAUUAAACAAUCUAUUUAAAACUGCAAUCCUCCAAACCCACUUUUCAUUUCUGUGGUUAUUUUAAAAUAUUUUCUCAGCAAUUAUCGCCACUCAACAUUGCACAUAAUUUAUUUGUCAUCUAAUUGUUGUCUGCUUCUAAAUUCUUUUUGGUUCAUUAACUGGGCCCAGCGGACAAGGAACGACCAAAGAAAGAGGCAAGCCAUUCCAAAUUAAUAGGUGCCAGUUUUGAAAACUAAAGGCUUGCCUUUACAGUCAUGAGACAAGUAGAUCUCUGCACUUUGCCACCAAAAUCUUAAAGGUUUAUAUAGAAGUCUUAUCUGGAUUCAGUCAUAGGUUCAAUCUAGUCUCAACAUACCUUUCUCUCUCAAGGCUGUGUCCUUGAAACAGUUCAUGGUGUGGUAAUUGUGGGCGGAAGGUGCUUUCCAAGGGUAGAGAGUGGGUGAGGAGCCUCCAACUGCAGGAUCAAGCUUGCAGGUCAGCCAGCAGUCACUUCUUGAUAACCUCCUCCAACAAAGAUUGGUACCUUUGGGUAACAAUAUUCAUCUAUUAUUUCACUAAAAUACCCCAUGUGUCUGUAUUAGUGACUCAUACCUUGUUAAAGAGCAGCAAAAUAUUUGCCAAAUGGUGAAUGACAUGCUCCAUAGUUAGCUAUGAUGAUUAAGUUGGUAAAAUAUAAAUACAUAGGAGAUUACAAUAAAACAAAUGUAAACAAAAAUAAUUAUACUUAAAUUCAUAACAAUGUUCUUGCCUUCAAUUUAUUACUGAUUAUGGCCUAGGUUUUUAAAUCAAAAUACUGUUUAAUGAAUUCUGGCUAAUCAUCAUUAAGUCACUAUUUGAAAAGACCUUUUCAAAAUUACCAAAAAAAGUAUGAAUAAUUUUUCAGUUUUUUAAAACAAAAUUUCAUUGAACUAAAAUUGCACUCACUGAGCUUUGCUUCUCAAAAACUAUGACAAUGAUAUUUUACUAGAUUUCAGGCCAUCAGUUCCAAAUGUGACAAUCAAAACAGAAGCCAACACAAAGAAAGAAUAAAAUAAAUAUUGUCCUCUUCUGCUGUUUAAAUUAUUUUUACAAUCUCUUAAUAACUGGACUGCUCUCAGCCUACUAUUUUCUGGUAUUGGAGAGUAGACUAUAGACAAAGGCAAAAGACCAACUCUAAGAAAGUGUUUUUUACUUAAAUAUAUUUAAAUAAAUGCCAGUAAUAAUAUGUGCCUAUUUUUGAAGAAUAAAUAUUAUUUGAUGAUAAUUUAUAUGAAAUAGAAACACUAAUUUAAUCAAUAUGUUCAAAAUAGCAAUGCACCAAGAUUAUCUGAUUUGCAGACCUUGCGGCUGUUGUUUGAUGGAAUAUGGUCAACUCAGUGUAAAAACGAGAAUGAAAAUCACAUAUUCUCAGGAUUUAAAAAUCAAGAUAUGGAGUUCCCGUCAUGGCUCGGUGGUUAACGAACCCAACUAGAAACCAUGAGGAUGAAGGUUCAAUACCUGGCCUCACUCAGUGGGUUAAGGAUCUGGCAUUGUCGUGAGCUGUGGUGUAGGUCCAGAUGCAGCUUGGAUCUGGUGUUGCUAUGGCUGUAGUGUAGGCCAGUGGCUGCAGCUCUGAUUCAACCCCUAGCCUGGGAAUCUCCAUAUUCUGCAGGUGGGGCCCUAAUAAGACAAAAAGACAAAAAACAAAACAAAACAAAACAAAAAAAACCAAACCCCCAAAUCAAGAUAUUUUCUUUAGAAAUCACUUCCUCUGGAUUUUCUUGAAGGAUUUGUUAGUGAAACUAAGCAUUUUUUCUCAUAUCUAUGUGUCACUCAAUUUCACAAACUGCCAGUUCAUGUCUGGAAUAUUUUUCUUUUAGGUAUUUUUAUUUUGUCAUUGCUUCUAAACAUGUAAAUAUAUAAUUAUGAUAGCAAUAUUUUUAAAAUAAUAAUAUAAAUAUCUUUCACAAAUAUGUGGCUUGUAUUUUUACUGUAAUUUAUUUCAGUGUAACCAAAAUGAUAUAUGCUAUGGUUUAUGGUUUUCCUGCCAUUUUUUGCUUGAUU